CAUUGGCCGAUCUGUCUUCGCCACCCCCCACCUUUCCCCCUCUUCUUCCUCUCUGUGUCCUCUGCCUCUCUCGGACCCGUUUCCGUGAUCCAUGGGGAAGUCGUUUCGCCUGUCCUUCUUCCCCGCCGUGUUCAUCCUCCUCAUCUUGCCGCUGCUGGGAACGGCGCAGGUAGACACCGACGCGCAGGCUACCUACAUCGUCCACUUGUCCCCCUCCCGCAAGCCGGCCUCCUCCCCGUCCCACGCCCACUGGUACGCGCGCACCCUCCGCUCCCUACCCGGCCGGCAACCCGCCCGACUCCUCUACGCCUAUUCUCGGGCCGCGUCCGGUUUCGCCGCCCGCCUCACCCCCGCCCAGGCCGCAGCCAUCCGACGCCUCCCUUCCGUCCUCGCUGUCCUCCCAGACCGCCUCUGCCACCCCCAUACCACCCAUUCCCCUGUCUUCCUCCGUCUCUCCACCUCCACCGGCCUCUGGCCCUUCUCUUCCUUCGCCUCCGACGUCGUCAUCGGCGUGCUCGACACCGGCAUCUACCCCUCCCGCGCUAGCUUCGCCGAUGACUCCCUCCCCCCGCCCCCCUCCACGUGGCGGGGCUACUGCGAAUCGGGGAACGGCUUCAACGCCUCCUCCUGCAACCGCAAGCUGAUCGGCGCCCGGUUCUUCUACCAAGGCUAUGAGGCCGCCAUGGGCCACCCGAUCGACGAGACCAAGGAGUCGAAGUCGCCGCUAGACACCGAGGGCCAUGGCACCCACACAGCUUCUACUGCCGCCGGCGCGGUGGUUUCCGAUGCCGGGUUCUACCAAUACGCCCGUGGAGAGGCCCGGGGGAUGGCCACCAAGGCGCGCAUCGCCGCCUACAAGAUCUGCUGGGCCGGAGGGUGUUACGACUCGGACAUACUCGCCGCGAUGGACGCGGCCAUUGCCGACGGAGUCGACGUCAUCUCACUGUCCGUCGGCGCCGGCGGAUAUGCUCCUUCGUUCUACCGCGACUCGAUAGCCAUUGGGGCGUUCGGUGCCGCGCGCCACGGGGUGGUGGUCUCAUGCUCCGCCGGUAAUUCGGGCCCCGGACAGCGCACCGCGGUCAACAUCGCCCCGUGGAUCCUCACCGUGGGCGCUUCAACCAUUGACCGGGAGUUCCCGGCCGACGUGGUUCUCGGAGAUGGCAACACAUACGGCGGCGCCUCUCUUUACGCCGGAGACCCAAUAAACUCGACCUAUCUUCCGCUGGUGUAUGCCGGAGACAGCGGGUCUCGUCUCUGUAUUCCGGGCUUCCUCGACGCUGCCGUAGUAGCCGGAAAGAUCGUCCUCUGUGAGCGCGGCACCAAUGCACGUGUCGAGAAGGGGAGCGCGGUGAAAUUGGCCGGAGGGGCCGGGAUGAUUCUGGCCAACGACGCUGCUAGCGGCGGGGAGCUCGUCGCUGAUUCCCACCUCAUUCCGGCCACGAUGGUCAGUCACACGUCCGGCAGCAAGAUAACGGACUACAUCAAGUCGCAGCCUUCGCCCACCGCCACCAUCGUCUUCCGAGGCACGGCCAUCGGAGCGUCCCCCGCCGCCCCCAAGGUGGCCGCUUUCUCGAGCAGGGGGCCAAACUUCCGCGUCGCGGAGAUUCUCAAGCCCGACGUCAUCGCCCCCGGCGUCAACAUCUUGGCCGGGUGGACGGGGAUGAACGGGCCAACGGACCUCGACAUCGAUCCGAGGCGGGUCGAGUUCAACAUAAUCUCCGGCACCUCCAUGGCGUGCCCCCAUGUUAGCGGCAUCGCCGCCCUGCUCCGCCGUGCCUAUCCAGAUUGGAGCCCAGCUGCCAUCAAAUCCGCCCUGAUGACCACGGCCUACAACUCAGACGACUCCGGCGAGACCAUCAAGGACUUGGCAACCGAAGCGGAGUCCACACCUUUCGUUCGCGGUGCCGGCCACGUGGAUCCGAACCGCGCGCUCGACCCCGGUCUAGUGUACGACUCGAACGUCGACGACUACCUCGCCUUCCUCUGCGCGAUGGAAUACAGCCCGGCGCAGAUCGCGGUCUUCACCAGGAACGAGAUAAGCGUCAACUGUUCAACUGCCGCAUUGGAUAGCCCCGGCGACCUCAACUACCCAGCCUUCUCCGUCAUCUUCUCGUCGAACAGCGAUGUCGUGACCUACAAAAGAGUAGUCCGCAACGUCGGAACCUCUGCGGCGGCAGCAUACGAAGCGCGGGUCUCCAGCCCGCCCGGCGUGGACGUUACCGUCACCCCGAGCACGCUCGUGUUCGACGCCGUCAACGUGAGCUUGUCGUACGAGAUCACGUUCACCUCUUUGGCGAGUCAAGCAGUGGCCGGAUCUUAUGCCUACGGCUCCAUCUCAUGGAGCGACGGUGAUCAUGACGUGAGGAGUCCCAUUGCAGUUACAUGGGACCUAAGCCUGGUUUCCUCCAUUUGAGCAGGAGAUUCCUCUGCAAGCUGAGAAGCAUUUGAUCAAGGAAGCAGAAAAAACUUGUUCAGCUCUAUGGAAAGGAAUUGUGUUAUAUUCAGAAGCUGCUUAAGCUCUGCAACAAUUUACAGUCAAAUAGAAGCUUAAGGAUCUGAAUCUGAACUUGUAUCUUUACAUCAAAUAAAUGCUUGUCAUUGGAUCCA